UUUGUAGGAAAUAAUAAUAAUAAUAAUAAUUGUUGUUGUUCUUUGGUUGCAAUAGACAUCGGAACUACAGUAGAAUGGCCGGUGUUGUCUGGCGAGGUGCGCUCCAGCGGAGCCUCCUCCAGAGAAGCUUAGUGUGUAGGCCUGUAAGACAAGCGACAUCGGUGGCACAGCGAAUUGAAGACAAGCGACGUGAAGCCAUUGCAGGUGGUGGAGAGAAGGGAAAGGAGAAACAACAUGCAAAGGGUAAGCUUACAGCCCGUGAGCGGUUGGACCUGCUGUUGGAUCCGCGCAGCUUCCGCGAGAUGGAUAUGUUCGUUGAACACGACUGUGUGGACUUCGGCAUGGAGAAGCUGAAGACUGCUGGUGACGGCAUGGUGACUGGACAGGGUCGCAUCAAUGGCAGACCAGUGUAUGUCUAUUGCCAAGAUUUCACACUUCGUGGUGGCUCUCUCAGUUGGGCCAAUGCCCAGAAAAUCAUGAAGGUCCAAGACAAAGCCCUGGAGGCAGGAGUGCCUAUCAUUGGCCUCAACGACUCCGGUGGAGCACGAAUCCAGGAGGGAGUUGGCUCUCUGGCUGGCUACGGCGAGAUCUUCUGCCGCAACGUGACAUCAUCCGGUGUCAUUCCUCAGCUAUCCUUGAUCAUGGGACCCUGCGCUGGUGGCGCUGUCUACUCUCCAGCUCUAACUGAUUUCACCAUCAUGGUCAAGGAUACAUCCUACAUGUUUGUCACCGGACCUGAAGUAGUGAAGGAAGUACUGUCCGAGCAGGUCACAACAGAGGAGCUUGGCGGCGCAAAGGUGCACACGUCCAAGUCUGGAGUUGCACAUUUGGCAUAUGAGAAUGAUCUGGAGGCUCUAUCCAGGACACGAGAGCUGAUGUCGUUCUUGCCACUGAACAACAAGGACAAGCCUCCAGUGGUCGCAUGCAGUGAUCCCAGUGAACGUGAGGUGACCUCACUGGACUUUGUUGUGCCACCGGACUCGACGCAGCCCUACGACAUUCUGGAUGUCAUCAAACCUGUUGUCGAUGACGGCGAUUUCUUUGAGAUCCAGCCAGACUUUGCCAAGAAUAUUGUGGUUGGUUAUGGUCGCAUGGCUGGCCAGACAGUGGGCUUCAUUGCCAACCAGCCCACUCGCCAAGCUGGCUGCUUGGACAUCAAUGCGUCCAACAAGUCUGCGCGCUUCAUUCGCUUCUGCGACGCGUUUAACAUCCCGAUCGUGACGUUCGUAGAUGUUCCCGGCUUUCUACCAGGCUACUUGCAAGAGACUGGGGGUAUUAUCCGACAUGGUGCUAAGCUGCUUUUUGCCUAUGCAGAGGCUACUGUGCCAAAGAUUGCCUUCAUCACCAGAAAGGCAUACGGAGGUGCAUAUGACGUGAUGAGCUCGAAGCAUCUGAGUGGUGACAUGAAUUAUGCGUGGCCCACAGCAGAAAUAGCAGUGAUGGGCUCCAAGGGUGCUGUCAAUAUCAUUUUCAAGAACAAGACAGCGGAAGAGAAAGUGCAAUGCGAGGAAGACUACAAGACUGCCUUUGCUAACCCCUUCCCAGCAGCGCAAAGAGGAUUCAUCGAUGACAUUGUGAAGCCCAGUGACACACGUCGUAUCAUUAUCAACGACUUGGAUGUCCUGCGCAACAAGACACAGACGAAGCCGUGGCGCAAGCACGGCAACAUUCCGUUGUAAAGAGCUGCUGCGCUGGGCCGCCGGAGAGUUCUCUCACUUGGCACUGUGGCCUGUUGUGCUCCUGGCUGCUGGGCGGUCAGUGUGCUGCGUUCACUUAGUUACUCGUUUCGAUCUCCGCUGCAAGACUAUGCUCUUCGUCGCCCGUCUCUCUCUCUCUCAUCUCUCUCUCUCUCUCUCUCUCUCUCUCUCUCUCUCUCUCUCUAACACACACACACACACACACACACACACACACACACACACACACACACAUACACACACACACACACACACAUCUCUCUAAUGCAUCGCUGAUGCACAGAUUGAUCCCGUUUCCUUAGUUACAAUUGUAAUAUUCAGUUGAUAUCCUACCCUAGACUUUAACUAGGAUUUUAAUUUCACGCUCACGUGUCUAUGGCUCCUUUGUCAAGCCGGGUUUAGUAUCUCCUUUCAUUUUUUUAAACAGGUUUUUCAGUUUUGAAGCAACUUUUGAGUCUGUCCUCCUAGUUGGAUUCAAUGUAUGACGAAUACAAUUUUAUUGACUUUC